CACACCAACUGAAGUGGAAAGCGGCUCCUGUUCUGCUCCUUAUCCCAUUUCGGACGCUGCGUACGAGGCGGUGCGUCUCCAGACUGAACCCAAAGGAAGAACAGAGUUAGAAAGACAGUCUGUGGCUCCUGCAUGCGUUUAAGUUUGCCCGGUUUACUUUUUGUUCGGCUCUUUAUGUAAGUAAAGUAGUAUCUUACUUUGUAGUGUUUACAGUUGGAAAGGUGGAAAGCAGUCCUUUUCGUUUGCCAUCUCGAAGACAAGAUUGAACUCAUGACGGCAGAGGUCCAGCAGCCCUCAGCGCAGACUGCUGGACAGAGCAGCCCGAUGUCUGCCCCGGACAAGCCGCACGGACAGACGGCGGUGAUGGAAACCGCCUCCUCCACUACGAAAACCAAGAAGACAAACGCAGGGAUCCGCAGACCAGAGAAACCCCCCUAUUCAUACAUAGCUUUAAUAGUCAUGGCUAUCCAGAGCUCUCCAACGAAGCGUCUGACCCUCAGUGAAAUAUACCAAUUCCUGCAGAGCCGCUUCCCGUUUUUCAGGGGCUCCUACCAGGGAUGGAAGAACUCCGUGCGUCACAACUUGUCCCUGAACGAGUGCUUCAUCAAGCUACCCAAGGGCCUCGGCCGGCCAGGGAAGGGCCACUACUGGACUAUCGACCCGGCCAGUGAGUUUAUGUUCGAGGAAGGCUCCUUCAGAAGGAGACCAAGGGGUUUUAGGCGCAAGUGUCAGGCGCUGAAGCCCAUGUACAGCAUGAUGAACGGCCUGGGGUUCAACCACAUCCCCGAGUCCUACAACUUCCAGGGAAGCGCCGGGGGCCUCUCCUGCCCUCCCAACGGCCUGUCACUGGACAGUGGGCUUGGGAUGAUGAAUGGACACUUGGCAGGUAACAUGGACGGGAUGGGCCUGUCCGGGCACACCAUGUCACACUUGUCGACCAACGGUGGACAUUCAUACAUGGGGAGUUGUACAGGAUCCACCGGGAGUGAUUAUCCCCACCACGACAACUCUGCCUCCCCUCUGCUCACCAGCGGAGGGGUGAUGGAGCCUCACCCCGUCUACUCCAGCUCAGCCUCGGCCUGGGCUCCGGCCCCCUCGGCCUCUCUGAAUAACGGGUCCUCCUCCUACAUAAAGCAGCAGCCGCUGUCUCCUUGUAAUCCAGGAGGAAACUCUCUGCAGCCAAGCUUGCCCACGCAUUCACUAGACCAGUCCUACCUGCACCAGAACGGGCACAGUACUACAGAUCUACAAGGUAUUCCUCGGUACCAUUCCCAGUCUCCGAGCAUGUGUGACCGAAAGGAGUUCGUCUUUUCGUUCAACGCCAUGACGUCCUCAACGAUGCACUCACCGAGCAGCAGCUCAUACUACCACCACCAGCAGGUCUCCUACCAGGACAUCAAGCCCUGCGUCAUGUGAUGAUACCCUCACGGACGACCUGCAGACCAGGGGACGGUGUCACAGACUUGAAACCAGAACAGACGAGUAAAAAAAAACAAAACCACUGAGAGACAGUACAGGCCUGCCCCGGCCCAAGGAGAGCGCCCACUGCUUCAAGUAGACCGGACUACUUUUCUGUUUCACACAGCGACAAAGACGCGGAGACAGGCCACUCACAAAGCAACCACAUAAUAAUAAUAUAUAAUAAUAUUAAAACAAACUUUUUCAUGCCAUCAACAUCGACCAGCGGGGGUAAAGACUGGGUGUAUGAAACCCUGCUGCUGUUUGGUACUUAGUCCUGCAGAGCGGAUGACUACCACUUCACACUUUUGUUAAUGUUUAUUCUUCUUGUUAAAGUAGGUCAAUGUAAAAAUGCACACGUCUAUUUUCUUCGUCUGACGUUUUUUUACUUUUAAUUUCUCUGGCAAAUUAGACUGAGGCUCUUUUUUUCUUUUUUUUUUGAACUUUCAACGUUUAAUUUUAAAUGAAAAACUAUGGACAUCACAUAAAACAUGUUCAUAUAUAUUGUGUAAAAACGAUGAAGGCACUUUUUGAAUAGCCUAAGCGCAUCUUUUUAUUUAUUCUGUAGUCCUACAUAUUUUAAUUUCAGGCGAAUUGGCCAAGGAGGUAUAUUCUUUAUUGGCAAUAUUUGUCAAAACGCUUGUUAUUGUUUUGAAAUGAAAAUUGAGGAUAUAUUGUAAGCACUGUUAAGUUGUUUGUGUUAGAGAUAUGUAGACCAUUCAUUUCAGCACUGUAUAUAAUGUUAGGGAAAUUAGCAAUGAGGGCUACUUUUUAGGCUAUAUUACAACAAAUCAUUUGUAAGAAAUAAAAUAUAUCUGUUUGGCUGUUUAAGCCAAAAUCCACAAAAAGAAAUCGAUUUCAUCACACACCCAAUACAUGCCAAAUGUUUUCACUCCAAACAAGUCUCCCACCAAAACUGAAAAUCUCACACCGGUGAUCACUUUUACAAUCAAACCAAAAUUAGAAGAAUUUAAAAAGUGAAGCAAUUUUCAGCUUUUUCCUAAAGCAUCACAUUAUUUAUAACAAUUGAACAGAACUCUAAUAUAAUUAAUAUAGGUCUGUAAUUAAUGCAUCAAUCAAAUUAAAAAGGAAGGUCAUCUGAGUUCAAGGGGCUAUCAUCUACUAAUCUUUUAAGCCUUUAAAUUAAAUAAUAAUGGGCAUAUAAGGUUCACAAUAUAGUACUACAGUAGUACAAAUGUUAAUGUCACAACGGUGUCUUGUUAUAAUGCAGUUUAACUAAGAGUGUGUUGUUUUUAUGCAGGACAUGCAUAAUGAGAACUGACAUUGAAUGAACUAAUCUGAUUUUCCACAAAACAAUGAUUAAUUGAUUAUAGAUUUUUAAAUAAAGGGUUUACAAAGUCAAGCGUUGUAUGCCCCCUAUGUAACGAGAAUGUAAGCAGCAAUUAAGGCUUAAAAAAUCUGGGGCAGAGAUCUCACCCACGUUUGGUUACCCGGUGAAAAC